AUGGCAGCAUCCUCUGGGGCUGCUGGGGUCUGGUUUCGGAAAUGCCUUCGGCUCCAUGACAACGAAGCACUGGUCAAGGCCUGCGCCUUCAGCGAGGUGGUACCCUUUUUCAUCCUAGACCCGCACUUCAAUAGAAGUGCAGUAGGGGUGAACAGGUUUGCCUUUUUGCUCCAGAGUUUGCAGGACUUAGAUGCCCAGCUGCGCCUUCGAGGAAGCCGGCUCUUGGUGUUUCAAGGUCGUCCACACGAAGUUCUUGCAGAUCUAUUCAAUGGCAAGGCAAGUGUGCGCUUGUCUCGAUUGUAUUUCGAGAAAGACACAGAGCCUUAUGCCCGCUCUCGAGAUGUCCAAGUGGAAUGCCUGGCCAAGGUUAGCGGUUUCAGACAUGAGAGCUUUUCAGGGCACACAUUGCUCGACAUUGAUGCCACAGUGGCCAAUCCAAAAUUCAAACCGCCCAUUUCAAUGAAAAGCAUGCAAAGCAUCAUGACCGCUGCUGGCCCCAUCCGAAAACCUUUCGACAUCCCGAAGAUUCCUCCGUUGAACAUAGAAGGAUUCGAGGUACCAAAGAUUUCCAACAUCUACAGUGAGGUUCCAACAAGCACCGGCUUCCCAGGUGGUGAGCAAGAGGCUUUGAGCCGACUUCGUCAUGUUUGUGCAGAUGCCGACUAUGUUUGCCAGUUUGAGAAGCCCAAAACAGCCUCCACUGGCCGGCCUGGAUGUCCCUGGGAGCCCUCUACUACAGGUCUCUCGCCGUACUUGAAGUUUGGCUGCCUCUCCGUUCGCACUGCAUGGCAUGCCAUCGACCAAUGCAUCCGGGGAAAGAGGCACUCUGAGCCUCCGCAAUCCCUGCAUGGGCAGAUGCUUUUCCGAGAAAUGUUUUACCUCCUGGGCGCAUCCGUGCCCAACUUCGACCGGAAUGAGGGGAACUCGAUGUGUAAGCCGAUACCUUGGGGAGACAACCCCGUCUUUCUUCAAGCUUGGCAGGAGGGGAGGACAGGCUAUCCUUUCAUCGAUGCCUUGAUGCGGCAGUUGAAUCAGACAGGCUACAUGCACCACUUGGGCCGACACGCUGUUGCUUGCUUCUUGACCCGAGGCGACUUGUGGCAAAGCUGGACUUGUGGCCGAGAUGUCUUCGACAAGCUCCUGUUGGAUGCAGACUGGGCGCUGAACAAUGGCAAUUGGUUGUGGCUGGCAGGUGUGGCGCCCUUUUCGGCGCCAUACUUCAGAAUCUAUGACCCAUGUCCUGGACCUAACUCCAGCCUCAAUGCAGAGCAGACCGGCGAAUUUGUGAAGCAUUACGUCCCAGAGCUCAAGGGGAUGCCUUCAAAAUAUUUGUACAAGCCGUGGACUGCACCGUUGGCGGAGCAGAAGAAAGCUGGCUGCAUCAUUGGUCAGGACUACCCAAAGCCUAUUGUGGAUCACAAGCUAGCUCGAGAGGAAAAUCUGGCACGGUUCAAGGCAGCUUUGAAUGGUCAGGUUCUUCCUGAAAAGUUUGGGUGUGCUACCAGUGAUCCGGGCCCAAUGUGCUCCAGUCUAAGCAAGGGCAGGGGCAAGCGAGCAGAGGUAGCGUUGCUUGGUGGCACUGGAGCAGGUGUAGUACAUGGUUCUCGAAACAGACUGUUCCAUGCAAUGUAG